AUGGAUCCUAAGUCUUUAUAGGUAGAAUAUUCAGAUGAUUAGAUAGAAGAAAUCACUCGUUAAAUUAAAAAAGAAAUGCAAGAAAGAGAGUAGAUGAAAGUAGAAAUUGUGACAGACGAAAUGGUUGCUUAAGAAUCAAAAUUAAAAAUAUUGAAAGAAGAAAAGGCCCAACCAAAAUAAAUAUCCAUCUUUUUAAUUGCUAAAACUAGCAUUGACUCAGACAUAUAAAAGUCAUUUACUGAAGAAGAAAAAUAUGAAUGGCUCAUGAACUUAAGCAUUAUCCACUUAGAAUGGGAAAAUAUUUAUAAAAUAGAAAAACUUGAUAGUUUUUAAAAAUUACAGGUCCUCUAUCUCCAGCAUAACAAUAUAUCGAAAAUUGAAAAUUUGAAUACAUUAGAAAACUUGGAAUACUUAGCAUUAGAUCACAACAAAAUAACUACUAUUGAGAAUUUAUCACAUUUAAAAAAUCUUGUUUUCCUUAAAUUAAACAACAACCUUAUUGAAGAAUUUAAUGUAACAGAGAUUCCUACCAAUAUUGAAUACAUUAGUCUGUCUCAAAACCCACUCAAAAAAAAGGACUAUAAAAAAAUUCUUGUUUAAAACCUUCAGUUUGUUGACGUGAUCGAUGAUGAGGAGCUUACAACUGAAACAAAAUUUAAAUUGCUUGGAAUCUUUCCAACAUAAUACGAAUCUUACAGCAAGUCAUAUAAAGAAUUCUAAGAAAAAAGCCAAUAAACUAAAAAAGAGAGAUCAUAUUUAGAUAAAAUAAAGGAAGCAACAUAGAAAAAGUAAGAUGAUCUUAUAUCUCUAAAAAAGAAAUUCAAACAACUUGAUGUGUAUAAUAAAGAAGAAGAGAUAAUUUAAGAAAUGAAUCUGACCACAAAGAACAUCGUAUUAAAAUAAAAGCAAAAGACUAUUGAGGCCUUAAAUGACACCAUCUUAGAAAUGAGUGAUUAUGCUAAAAUGCAUGCUAAAAGAAUAGAAAUAAUUCAUAAAAAUGACCCUAAUCAAAAAGGAUCACUUUCUAACUCUCUGCUACUUUAAAAUUAUAUAGAAAGCAGAGAACAAGAUAUGAGAAAUAAUGAAUAUGAACUUGAAAAAAUUAAAAUGCAAAAAGUCUUUAUUUAGUAACCAUUAACAUCAGACUUGAAAGAGAUCAAAGAAGAGAAAAAUUAAAAUAUUACAAAGGAAAAAAUGUAAUUAGAAAACAAAGAAGAAGAGGAAUAUGAAGAAGAGAGUGAAUAUGAGGGUGAAGAUGAAGAGGAAGAAAAUGAGACUGAUCAGACAUAGUCUACUUCUAUACAAUCAAAUAAAAAUUAAUGA